AUGAAGGAUUGGCUUGACAAGCAAGUUAAAGGAUCAUUGGUUUAUGUAGCAUUUGGAAGCGAGGCGAAACCAAGUCAAGCCGAACUCACCGAGAUAGCUCUUGGGUUGGAGCUAUCCGGGUUACCAUUCCUCUGGGUUUUGAGAAGGCAACGAGGUUCAGCAGAUACCGAGUUAGUCGAUUUACCGGAAGGGUUUGAAGAGAGAACCAAAGGUCGUGGGUGGGUGUGCACGAGUUGGGCGCCUCAACUCAAGAUUGUGAGUCAUGACUCGGUUGGUGGAUUCCUGACUCACUCGGGUUGGAGUUCAGUGGUGGAGGCCAUACAGUUCGAGAGAGCCCUUGUUUUGCUGACCUUUUUAGCAGAUCAAGGGUUGAAUGCUCGGGUUCUGGAGGAAAAGAAGAUGGCGUAUACGAUACCUAGGAACGAGACGGAUGGGUCUUUUACUAGGAACUCAGUGGCUGAGUCACUGAGUUUGGUGAUGAUUAAGGAGGAAGGAAAAAUAUAUCGGGAGAAUGUCAAAGAGAUGAGAGAUUUGUUUGUCAACAAGGAUAGGCAAGACAGAUACGUGGACAACUUGUUGGAUUAUCUUCAAAGUCACAGAAGGCUUAAAGGAAAGACCAAGCAAAUGGAGGAGAGAGAAAAUAACUAG